GAUCCCUCGGUCAAUUACCGACUCUUCUAUGGCGCUAGCGGUGAGCAUAAGCCGCCCAACACCCCUCCUCUCUGCCUUCCUUCUCCGCCCUCUCCUCUCUCCCUUCCUCCUCAAUCCCCGCCGUCCUCUCCCUCUUCCCUCUCCUUCUCUUCCGAUCCUAUUUUCUUCUCCCACUAUCUUCUCAAUCUCCACUUAUCCUAUUCUUCACCCACAAAUCUCAUCGCUCUCCUCCCCUUCCGCAGCCACCGACCCUGGCACCAGCGACUUCGACACUGAUUCUGUCGAGCCCUCUGCUCCCUUCGAUGAGUCCGACCUCCAUGGCUUUCUCCAGCUCCUCACCCAAGCCAAAUCCUUGUCCUCAUCUCGUAAAGAGGCCCUGGCCUUCCUGCGGGCCUCCUCGGGUGUCGCGCUCAACCUGGGUUUGGUCUGCAAGGCCCUCUGGGAGCUGAGGGGGGACUGCGAGUUGGCCUUCCUCGCUUUCCGAUGGGCGGAGGAGUGCGUCGCGGAUUGUCGGUGGGCGUGGCAUCUCAUGAUUUGGGCGAUGGGCAAGCAACGGCGAUUUGAUUUGUCCUGGUACCUGGUGCGUAAGAUGUACAAGACGUCGGUUCUCACGCAGCGGGCGAUGGUGAUCAUGAUGGAAAGGUAUGUAGCUGCAGAUGAAGCUAGGAAAGCAAUGAAAACUUUUCAGGUCAUGGAAAGGUUCAAAGUAAAUGCAGAUUUAACAGCAUUUUAUGCCCUUCUUUGUGCGCUUUGCAAGAACAAGUAUGUUGAAGAGGCUGAGGAGUUCCUCCUUCUAAAUCGGAAGUUUUUCCCCCUUACAGCUGAAAGCUUCAACAUAGUGCUAGAUGGAUGGUGUAAUGUCAUCUGUGAUGUGGUUGAAGCAAAGAGACUGUGGAGAGAAAUGUCAAAUUUCUGCAUCACCCCAGAUGGCAUUUCUUAUUCUCAUAUGAUCUGUUGUUUCUCAAAAGCUGGCAACCUAUUUGAUUCUCUAAGACUUUAUGAUGAAAUGAAGAAGAGGGGUUGGAUUCCUAACCUUGUGGUCUACAAUUCUCUUAUUUAUGUACUAACCAGAGAAAGUUGCUUGAGGGAUGCAAACAAUAUUUUUGAUAAAAUAAUAGAAGCAGGCUUGCAACCAAAUGUACAAACAUACAAUUCUAUGAUAUACCCAUUAUGCGAAGCACAGAAGCUGGAGGAAGCACGAAUGGCAAUGGAUGACAUGAUGGUGAAGGGAAUUCAUCCAACUAUUGAGACAUACCAUGCUUUUGUUAAGGAGGAAGACAUUGAAGGAACCGUGAAGCUUCUUAAAAGAAUGAAGGAUGCUAGUUGUGGUCCUAACAGCUACACUUUUUUCCUGAUAAUAAAUAAGUUCUUCAGAUUUGGUGAUUCUGAAAGCUCACUAAAAAUGUGGAGUGAGAUGAAGAGGUAUGAUGUCAUUCCUGAUGCUUCACAUUAUAUGGCUGUUGUAGAAGGUUUGGUAAAGCAUGGAUGGAUCCCAAAAGCUCUGGAAUUCUAUAAAGAAAUGAAAUCCAAGGGAUUUUCUGCUGAUCCUAAGCUCGAGAAGUUUUUCAUGUCCUUCAUAUCAAACAGCAAAAACCACUGGGGAACGAGUGGCAAGGAAUUCAUCUUUCCACAAAAUGGCAGACAUGGCACUUGCAUAAGAAUGAAAUUUGGAUAACCAAGAUCAGUUCCUCCAAACCUUAUUGUUGCAGUGAUCGAAUUCGGUACAGUAUUGUCAAAUGUCUUAGAGAAAAGUGUUUGAUCUAUCAGCUCAUAAUGGCACCAGGAAUGUCUUCUGGCUUAGAUAUAGUGUACUCUAGCAGACGUGUCUAGCAUGGACACCUAUGAUUGGAAUUCUUUGUUGAUUUAUUACUUACAGAUCUAAUAAUCUUCAGCAUCAACCAUGCAAUGUACUCCAAUACCCAACCCAGAUGUCCUGAGAUAGCCCUGAGGUAAUCAUUUGUCCUUGUUUCUUAAACACAUUUACAUGUUAGUUGCAGGCUUGCAGCAUGAUAUAUGCAAUGGGUUUCUAGCUCUGUUUCUCAAGCUUUAUGCUCUGCAUAGAUACUGAAAUAAGAGCAUUGGUGUCCAAGAAAACUAUGCAAAGAUUCUACUGGCAAUCAGAUGAAGAUGUUACAAAUCUCCAUUCCCGUGCCAUGAAUGCAGUAAAGCUGGGCUAAAUUGCGUGUCAUUGUUUCAUUAGUUAAUACAUGAUCCACACACUUGUUGAUGCUUACUUUUCAAUCUUCUACUUUGCUACGAGAUGAAUCUAUGCAUGGCCAAACUAAAAAUGAAGAAGAUAGAAGCUAUUGAUCUGCCGUUCGAGGAACAGAGAAUUGUUGGGGUUGGAAACAAUUAAUUGUUUCUAAGAUCUCUCUGAUCUUUGGCAUGGAGAGAUGUUCCAUCCAUCUUUUAUUAUAUUUUGUUAGGAAUAACUUUGGAAAAUGCACUGGGGAGAAUUCAGAUGGAUGAAGCAAGUUAUGUAAGUUGACACCACUUCCAAUGUUGGCUCUUGCACAUAUAGCUUCUUUUCUGAUAAUGAAGAAUUCAUUCUGGUUAA